CCCGCUAAACCCCUUCCCCCGCCCCGUUCUACUGCUCCUACUAGCCUGCUUACUACUACUCGUUUUACGCAGAAAGAAGAAAUAAAACGCCUAGGUCACUGUGUUAAGAACGUCGGAGGGUGGGCGGCUCAGCUCCGCAACCGCCCCCCAUGGCCUUCCAGCGACGGCGGCUUCAGUACCAGUACAAAAAUCGUGGCCGGCUCUUAAUCCCCGCCAUUUCCGUCAUCUCCGCUGCUCUUCUUGUCUUAUUCGUUUUGAUCUCGCUACUCGCCCCUUCCCCGACUGAUGGAAAUGGUCCCCUCCGCCUGCCCCGCCACCAUUCUUCGACGGAGACUAGGAAUAAGGAUAGAACUAAGGACGAAGGGAAGGGAGUUCCGAAAUUUCGUGUGCCGCCCGGUCGAGGAGCCUAUCAUCGUGAUCUUUGGACUUCGACAAAUGCCAAAUUCUAUCAUGGUUGUAGUGAUGCCAGCAGCAAAUUUCCAAAAGCAGAAGCUAUCACGCGUCCCAACCGCUAUUUGUUGGUUGCAACCAGUGGGGGUCUUAAUCAACAGAGAACUGGGAUAACUGAUGCUGUUGUUGCUGCUCGUAUUUUGAAUGCCACCCUUGUUGUUCCAAAGCUAGAUAAGAAAUCCUUUUGGAAGGAUUCGAGUAACUUUUCAGAGAUAUUUAAUGUUGAUUGGUUUAUAUCAUAUCUAGCAAAAGAUGUUAGAAUUAUUAAAGAGCUUCCAUUAAGGAGAGGACACCAAUGGAUUCCACACAGCAUGCGAGUCCCAAGAAAGUGCAAUGAAAGAUGUUAUAUUACUCGUGUCUUACCUGUUCUUUCAAAAAAGCAGGCUAUUCAGCUAAACAAGUUUGACUAUAGACUUUCAAAUCGGCUGGAAACAGAUUUUCAAAAGCUUAGAUGUAGAGUCAAUUAUCAUGCUCUGAGGUUCACCAACCCCAUAAUUACCAUGGGUGAGAAAUUGGUUCAAAGAAUGCGGAUGAGGAGCAAGCACUUUAUCGCCCUUCAUCUAAGGUUUGAACCCGAUAUGCUUGCAUUCUCGGGAUGUUAUUAUGGUGGGGGAGAGAAGGAGAGGACGGAGCUUGGUAAAAUACGGAAGAGGUGGAAGACCUUACAUACUAGCAACCCAGAUAAAGUAAGGAGGCAAGGAAGGUGUCCCCUUACUCCUGAAGAAGUAGGCUUGAUGCUGAAAGCACUUGGAUAUGGUAGUGAUGUUCACAUCUACGUGGCAUCAGGUGAAGUAUAUGGGGGUGAAGAGACAUUGGCUCCACUGAAGGCACUCUUCCCAAAUUUCCAUUCAAAAGACAGUCUCGCUAGCAAGGAAGAGUUGGAAUCAUUUUCUGCAUUUUCUUCUCGCAUGGCUGCAUUAGAUUUCAUUGUUUGUGAUGAAAGUGAUGUAUUUGUUACCAAUAAUAAUGGUAACAUGGCAAAAAUUUUAGCGGGACGAAGGAGGUAUUUUGGACAUAAACCUACCAUUCGCCCAAAUGCCAAGAAAUUGUAUAGGCUGUUCUUGGACCGAGACAACAUGACUUGGGAAGAAUUUGAAUCAAAAGUUCGCAAGUUUCAGCGAGGUUUCAUUGGGGAGCCCAAAGAGGUGAGACCAGGAAGGGGUGAAUUUCAUGAAAACCCCGCUUCCUGUAUAUGUGAAGAUUCAGAUGCAAAAGCAAAGGUGGAUUCGCUUUCAAGAAAAUUUGGCAAGGAAAAUGGUGUAAGAAAGGAAGAUGUUGAUUCUGCAGCUGAUGAUGAAAAUAUGGAUGAUGAACCGGAAGUUUCUGAUGGCGAUGGUGAUGAGGAUCCAGAUGACCUUCCUACAAAUAUUUUGCUAAAUGGGACGGCUUCAGAUUAUGAGGCGUCUCUCUUGGACAACCCUGAGCUGGAUGAGUUGCUUUCCGAUUGAAUGAAAUCUUUGACCUUCCUGGAGAAGUUCUUUUCUUUGGCUAAUCUAUUGUCUGACACUCUUUUCAGUCUUUCUACAAUGGCUUCGACAAAGGUGCAGCUCUAAGCCCAUCCGCGUGAACUAUGCAGAUGAUUUGAUGUAUAUUAUGGCCCUUUUGAUGGAGUGAGAUGGAGCAAGAUUUCACCAGUAAAGCUGAUUGCAUCAUUAUGGUUAAUCGAGUUUCAACCUGUAAGGGCUCCGUGGGAGAUGAAAAUCGUACUCCGGGCUUGGAAUGGGUGGCAUUGCUUUCACAAGAAACUUGGGGCUUUUAACUAAUUGUAUGAACAAAGGCAGAGUUAGGUCUGCGUGAAUGCAGGUAAGCAUAUUUUAGGACAGAUUGGAACUAGAUAAGUCCAGUUGACGCAAAUCAUGCGGUCAAGGAAUGAAAAUGGCUGGGUAACUUGCUACUGACAAGUAGGCGAGUGGUUGAAUCUUAUAUGUGGAGAUGAGCAUGCUGCAAAGUAUAUUAGGAAGCAAACGACGAUGAAAAUUUCAUUGCAAAGAUGUUUAUGAAUGUCGUCAGGCUCUCUCUGCAAUUAGCACAGCAAGGGGCCCGGAGGCAUAAUUAGACGUACCAAGAGAAUUGAAUUUGCCUUUUUUUAUUUUUUUUAUUUUUGGGGGGUUCAUUUUUCCCUUCUGGAUGGAUCCUUGGAUCUGGAAGCCUUAAUUUGUACUGAUUCACUAGUAAUGUGCAUCAAAAGUAGGCAAGUGUAGAUUAAAUUUUGAGGGAUCAUAUAUUAAUUAUCAUUCUCUUCUUGUGGUUAUGGGGAAUUGCGACAUAGAAGUGCUACGCAACCAA